CCGGCACUUCUCCUGUCGUGUUCGCUCGGCAGCGGUCGUCAUCGAUUACUCACGGCCCACUGACACCCGAUUGUUCAGUGCGCACUGUGGUGUGCGCGCGGGAAGAGGAGCCACUCGAUUCGAACCUCGCCGUGCCACCGGUCGGAGGUUGCGCGGUGUGCACUCCGGUCGUCACGUUGUUUCGCGCGGACAGUGAGCGCGUCGCGCCGGCUCCUCUUUCCUAUCUUCCCAUCUUCGAAAUCACCGUGUGCUUGCAUCAUCAUCACACUGACUGAACCGAGGAGUGCCGAGCACUCGCUGUCGCGUGAAGUGGUGGACAUAACUGUGAGUGGACGUUGCUGACCGACGAGGGAGUGACUAUUCCGAUUUUCUGCACUGGCAAUUACACUAAUUAAACUAAUUAAACUAAAAAAGCAUAAGAAAGCAGGAAAGAAGAAAAAAAGCUGACGAAAACAAGAGAAGAGAGAAGUUGAGUGCAAGGGACUCUGAGGUGCCUCGGGUGGCGUGACUGUAAAUCGGUCUCCUCUAAACUAAGGCGGAAGUCGUUGUGGUCGCUGUCUGCUUCUGCAACGUCAGAGAAGAAAGGAGGGCGGCGUUAGUUUUGACGGUCAGCGCGAGGUGACGCCACAGGUGUCCAGUGUCUCCGAGCGACCGAGACUCAUCACAUCUGCCAGUCGUUGACCCACGUGAUCGCUGCUUGACUGACAAGUGUUGCGGACUGGAGCAAUGGGGCAGCGUUCUGGCAAUCUCUGCUAAACAACUGCUCUCCGUACCGCGCACUCAAACACUGUUCGUCGCGGACAUGUCAAGGAGGAAACAAGCGAAACCCAGAGCACUGAAACCCGACGAGGACCCAGGCGAAUCGGAGGCGACAGAAGAGCACCGCUGCCAAGCGAUGCAAGUGGACAGCAGGUCGGAGGAAGGCGAGCGCUCCCCGGAGGAGGACUCGUCGUACGCUCCCGGAGACAGCCAGCUGGACGGCUCUGACCAGGGACCGGAACCUCCCUGCGACGCGGCUCGGGCAGCCGGGGAGGACGAGGACAGGCCACCGUUCCACUGCGACGGCUGCGGCCUGGCUCUCGACAGCGUGCACAGCUUGCUGCUCCACAGGAACGUCGACUGCAGCCGCGGGGCAGCCCCGGGCGGCGGCGCAGGCACGCCCUCGUCGUGGCGCUCUUCGUCCGGCAGCCCCGAGGACGAGCUGACGUCGGCGUCACUGUCGCCCCCUCCCUCGCUGCUGGCCGGCGGCCCGGCGUCGGCCUCCUGCUCCGACUCCGAGCUGUCCUUCACCAUCGGCGUCACAGAGGCGACGCCCUACGCCUGCCACUUCUGCGACAAGGCCUUCCCCAGGCUCAGCUACCUCAAGCGACACGAACAGGUGCACAGCGACCGGAUGCCGUUUCGAUGCGACUUCUGCCAGCGGCUGUUCAAGCACAAACGCAGUCGCGACCGACACGUGAAGCUGCACACGGGAGACCGCAAGUACCGGUGCUCGCAGUGCGAGGCGGCCUUCUCGCGCUCCGACCACCUCAAGAUCCACAUGAAGACUCACGACCACGCCAAGCCGUUCCAGUGCGCCAUGUGCAACCGCGGCUACAACACCGCUGCGGCCCUCACCUCGCACAUGCAGAAUCACCGCAAGAGUGCCGCUGCCGCCGCCGCCGUCAAUGGCCUCGAGCCGUCGGCCGCGCUCUCCCGGCCCGGCUCGAGUCUGGCAUCGGCUAACGGAGCGACGACGCUUACUGCAAUGGGCAACCCCGUCGACAAUGGAUCGACGUCCAUGUCACGGGAGGACAGCUCCUCGUGCUCGACUGACAAGCUGAGCCUAACUGGUGGCAGUCCUGGUCCGGGCAGCGUUGAAAUCCAAGCAAACGGAUGCAAAUCGAUGUCCGAGCGGGCUGGCAGCACGAGUCCCCGCGACGGCGUGGAGCCGCUGGCGUGCGGCUUUUGCAGCCGGUGCGACUUCAGCAGCCUGGAGGCGCUGCAGGCGCACGUGCGCGCCUCCCACGUUCCCUUCUCGGCGGCCUCACUGGUGGGGCCGUCACACCAACUGCGGCCGGAGCCCAGCGGCCGCUCGGUGUCCCGCCAGUCGCCGCCGGCCGCCACCACGGCCUCGUCGGUGGUGGACGCGUCGUACGAGUGCGAGUACUGCGGCAUGAAGCUACCCAGCGUUCACGCCCUGCAGACUCACACGCUGGCCGCGCACAGCUUCAGCGAGGUGCUGAGCAAGCGCAUGUCGGCCAUGAUGGGGGCCGACUCCGGCGGCGGACCUUUGCUCUGCAGCCAGUGCGGCGCCGCGUCGCCAGACUUCGAGUCGUUCCGGGCGCACCUGGCGUCGCACCUGGAAGGACGCAUGUCCCGCUGCUGCCCCGAGUGCCGCGCCGAGUUCCCUUCCUCGCAGCAGCUCGAGGCGCACGUUGCCGCGCACUUCCUAGCCACGUCGGUCGAGUACGGCUGCCAGGCGUGCCUAAAGCUCUUCGCGCGGCCUGACGAGCUGCAGAAGCACCUGCUUGACGUGCACGCCCACCACCUUUACCGCUGUGCGCUCUGCCGGGACGUGUUCGACUCCAAAGUUGGCGUCCAGGUUCAUUUCGCCGUCAAGCAUAGCAACGAGUGCCAAGUAUUCAAGUGUAGCGCUUGCAACGCCGCCUACCGGUCUGAGCCAGAGUUCGCGCUUCACGUUCAAGUCACGCACUUGGCUAAGGCUGCGCCCUACCGGUGCCUGCUGUGCGACCAGACAUUUGCUAGCGAGCCCCUGCUGCAAAGCCACCUGGACACGCACGGCAAACAAUUCGCGUGUGCCCUGUGCAGUCAAGCCUUUCACGUGGAAUUCCUGCUCGAGAAACACAUGCAGGCUUGCCACGCGGCCGACCUAACCUUGCACCCGGACGGUGUGCAGAACCUGAGCGUCAAGUCGAGGAUCAAGGACAUCAAGUGCGACAUCUGCGACCAGGCGUUUGGAGCGGACGCCCUGUUGGCGGCGCACCGCAAGCAAGUGCACAACGUGCGCUCUUCGUCGCAGAAGUCGGUGAGCCUGCUGUGCGCGUAUUGCAACGAACCGUGCAAGUCCCGCUCGGACCUGGAGAACCACAUGAAGAGCCACACGGCAAGCCCCAGUAAGCACAAGUGCAACAUCUGCGAUGAGAUGUGCCCGUCGGCCACCACGCUGGCCGAGCACAAGCUGACGCACUGCAAGGUCGUCAAGGGCUCCACAUGUGCCGGCUGCCGCGAGAUUCUCCGCUCCGAGGAGCAGUUCUUGACGCACGUCAACUCUCACGGUGGAGGACCCGCGUUGCCGCUGCCCUGCGUGGUGUGUCGCCAGACACUCAUGUCUCAGGUGGAAGUGCGCAUGCACGCUCGCUUUCACGUGGCCCACUGCGACAGGGGCUCGCUCUGCUGCGUCUGCGAGCGACCCCUGGACGCGGCCAGCCGCAUCAUCACCGGCCGCCAGCAGGAGCGCCAGUCGUUCAUGUGCAAGGACUGCUUCCACGCCAAGGGCGUCCAGGACCAGGGCCGCUGCCCCGAGUGCCGCAUCAAGUUCGAGUCGCCACUCGAGCUCGAACAGCAUGUGCGCAGCAGCCACGGCGGCUGAGUGCACCGGUGUGCACCGUGUGCGACAGCAGUGCACCUCGCAAACAAUCAAACGCGCCCGCGGUCUUUCUGUUAACUUAUUUCUCUUCCGUGGCGCGCCUCUCAUGUUUUCCCAGUCCUGACUCGAGGCAAAUCGCAACACGUCUAUUCAGAAGUUAUACCUCCUAAUAUAUCUGAUCAUCUUGUCAAAAAAAAAAAGGGCGUGUGUGGUCUUCAGGCUGUUCUUACCCGAGUGCUUCUCCGGUGAAGAAUUUCACCCAACCGUGUAAAUACAAGUUAUUCAUAUUCAUCGCCACGUUUUUGUUCUAUGUGUUGACAUCAUAAAUCAGGGUAUGAAACUGCAUACAUUUUAAGCUGCGGUUGUUUUAUGCCUUGGUAUAAUACUCUUCAUGAAGCACCUUUGUAACAAUGAAUACACCACAGCCAAAUAUGAAUAGUUUAUAUUCUUCCCAGUGUUCAAUCAUCAGUGUUUGUGUUUUUGGAAGCAUCCUUAUGUUUCUUUACACAACUAUAUGAUAUCAAUUAGUUUUUUUACGUUUUGCCUGUGUGGUUUACAAGGUUCACGAGGCAAAUAAAGUUCGUAUUUUUAAGGGAAA